AUGUAUUUUGAGGUCCAUCGAAUAUUGUCUGACUUAUAUUUUCUUCGCUGCUCUUUAUCUUUUAAUGCUUUAUUUUACUCUAGUAAUUCUCAGAAUUUCUUUCCACGAACUCAAAAUGCCGUUCGCUUCGGAUCUCAACAUGGCAUCAAGGCACUUACCAUGAAAUAUGUCAACUCGGAGAGUAUAAUGUGGGAAGCGAGAAGAAUUGUUAGAAUCAUUUCUCGACUUGAAGCAGAGGAACAUCAGUCAAGAGUUGCUCCAAAAAGAUCAAGAAGUCCUGGAUCUACAUCACCAUCUGCAUCAAAUUCUUCUUCGUCAUCUUCAAGUGAACUCUCGUUUGAUAUGUUCUUGUCUAAAAGAACAGUUCCAAUUAAAGUCACUUCAAAGCGAAAGAGAGUGAUUGCCCAAGCAUCGCGGAACAUGAAGCCAUAGCAGCAAGAGUCUCGUCAAGAAUCCGCAGAGAAAGAUCGAGCCAAUGAUGAGAAGUUGAAGAAAUUCAUUGAGAGCAGAAAACUGAAGGAGCAAGCGAAGAAGGAUGCAAACAUCAAAAAAUGCAAAGAAGUGAAGGAAACUGUCAUGAUUCCAGCCAAGAGAAUGAAGAAGCGUCAGCUCGAGCAGUAUGCCUACAGAUUCAAGUAA